UCGUUCAUCUAUCAAAACUGUGAGUCAGGAGUUUAAUCUCUGAUGCUCAUGUUUCUGCAUCUCAACGGGCUACUGUUCACAAUCGGGCCCAGGAAGGCAUCCAACUGGCAAUCCGUUCUUUGAGAUCACUUGGCCAAAGCUUCAGUGAGGCAGCACGAGCGCACAACCAAAAAAAAAGUUCAAUACUCAUCGCCGUUGAUCGUUGAUGGCCGGGUCAAACUCAACCGCGGGGUCCCUCACUCUCACGCGGCCCUGCGUGAAAUGUCGCGCCCAGGAGGCGACGCUGGAUAGCAGGUCUCAGCCUGUCUGCAGAGACUGCUUCACAAAGUUCAUUUCUGCCAAGUGCAUCAAGCAGAUCGGCAUCCUGGGCAAGGAGACCCGCCCGCCGCCAUCGGCGACCAACGGCCCGCCCACGGGCACCCGGCGCUACCUCCUGGGCCUCUCCCUCGGCGUCUCCUCCACCGUCCUCCUGCACCUCCUCAACGAGAACGUCGAGUUCCAGCUGGCCCGCGGUCGCAGCGCCCCCUUCGAGCUCACCGUCGUCCACAUUGACGACGACACCUCUCUCGACCACGACGGCCACGGCCACGGCCAUCCCUCCUCGCGCAGCACGAGUCCCGAAACCGUCCUUGCCCGCUACCGCGCCCGCUACCCGCGCUUCUCGUUCCACUCCAUUCCGCUCUCCUCGGCCAUCCCAAAAAACCACCACCACCCUGAAUCACCUACCGGCCCAGAGCACCCGGCAGACGCUAAUGAUGGAGGAGAAGGAAACAAAGGCGGAAAAUGCGGAGCGAACGCAGAGGAAGCACCACCACCACCAUCACCACCACCACCGCCGCCAUCAGCAACCUCCGCAGCAACCUCCGCCAUCGCCGCCGCCAUUGCCGCCGCCGCCGCAGCAAGUAGCACGACGACGGCGGCCUCCCGCAGCGACGUGACGCGGCUCCUGACGCGGCGGGCGCUCCUGGCGCAGGCCCGCGCGCGCGGCUGCCAGGCGCUGCUGCUGGGCCACAGCACGACGGCGCUGGCGGAGCUGACGCUGGCCGAGGCGGCCAAGGGGCGGGGGUUCGCGGUGCCCUGGCUGGUCGGGGACGGCCCGGCGGCGGGGGCGGCGGCGGGCCCCGGAACCGGGAGCGAGAACGGGAGCGAGAACGGGAGCGAGAACAACGGGAGAGGGGAGGUGCUGCUGGUCUGCCACCCCCUGCGCGACGCCCUCCGCAAGGAGCUGGUCAUCUACGCCGGCCUGGUCGACCCGCCACUUACGGAUCUGCUCGGCGGCAGCAGCAGCAGCAGUGGGAGCAGUGCUGAGGGGAGCAGCAGCGAGAACGGGGGCCCGUCGGCAGCAGCAGCAUCAUCAUCACCAUCACCAUCAGGAGCAGCAUCAGCGGUGGUGUCACACAGGGACCUGAGCAUCGAGGAGGUGAUGAGGAGAUACUUCGCCGAGGUGGAGGAGAGCUAUCCGUCCGUGGUCGCCAACGUCGCCCGGACGACGGGCAAGCUGGUACGCGCCGGGGAGGAUGCGGUCGGCGGGCAGUGGUGCGGGCUGUGCGGGAUGCCGCUCGACGAGGAUGGGGACGAGCGGUGGAGGGGAGAGUUGGGGAUUCGGGAGAGGACAGGCUCGGUGCCCGAGCUGUUGGGAGAGCGGUUGUGCUAUGGAUGUCAGAGAUCUACCGGAGGGUGAAGGUUGUCGGAUAGAUGGGCAAGGAGAAGAACAAGAAAAGAAAAUAAAUGCAUCAAUCUCAAGGCUGCGGUCAAAGGCAGCCUCGGCUUUGAUUUGAUUGGGAGCGUCGAGACGAUUCUCCCGGUCCCGAUUUCCGCAAUCACCUGUAGCGGGACGCGCGCGCGCGCGCGAGGUUCUAACAUUCCCUCCCAACGCGCGAUCUGGUAUCAAACGCGGAAAAGAAGGUUCUCCGAAUGCCAGAUCUACCCAACGCCAUAUUGAAAACAAA